UAACUUCACAUGUUUGUUUUGUUUUGGCUUUUCAGCCUUUAUCUUGAGUCCUUGACUGACUUUCAAAUACAACUAAACGCUUACGCUAUAUUCAAAAUUCAUUCAACGGCUCAACAACUGUACGAAAACAAACAUAAACAAACAGAGUGAACGGCAAAAAAGCAAACCUCCCGAAUACUACUGAUCGAUUUACGAUUUGUAAUAAUGUUCUCGUCAACAGGAUUCGACUUACUUCUUCUGGCCGCUGGUAUUUCUGACCCUCCAGUUGGGGAAGAGGUGGCAAGUAUAGUUGCUGAUACUCCCACGGUUGCAAAUUUCGAGGAAGUAGAAUUUGUAAACAAAACUACAAACGAAGGUGUUUCGAUGAUUAUAUCGUCAACGCCGAUAAGAAGAAGCGGAGUCAUAACAUUCACUGAUCCCCGACAAACACUUCCACUAGAUCUGUCAGUAUCAAUGAUUGAGAACGAGCAUCCUUUAAAUUUAACGAUCCACACUAGCGAUGUUCCAUUAGAUCUGGCUAUGCCGAAAAGUAAUACUCCGAAGAAGUUAGCAACGGAAAAGACGAUAAAUUUGUGUGGCGAUACCCGAACAGAAUCAAAGCUUAACCAUAUCAUCUCUUCCGUCCACUCAUCAAGGGAUUCUUCCCGAAUCUGUCGAAUAUCUGGAAAAAUCUUCAAACGCUCGGUUUACUUUGCCGGUGAUUUGGACAAAAUAUUCAAAAAGCCUUCUCCUGAUAGUGAUGGUAAUGGUUUAAGAUUUCAAAAAAUUAUGUGCUUCAGGUACCAAACGACACUUCCCGGAUGUAUUGAGCUCAAAUACGAUAUAUCAAAUCCAACCUGGUCACAGUUCAUAUUUGGGAGUGCUAAUAUAAGAACUGUUGUUUGACCGGAUCCAAUUAACAGAAAGCCAAUCGCUUUGCCACAAGCUAAGUUGGAUGAUUUGAGGAAGCAAUUAAAAUAUAUUAAAAACAAACCAUACUACGAAACGUUCCUCAAAGAAAUAGUUCCCAAAAAAAGAGGUCGGAAACCAGUGAAUAAGCUCCCGAUAACUUCGAUAUGGAUAUGGACAUGGAACUUCAUGAAGAAGAAAUUGAUGUAACCCUUUGUUUAGCGAGUGUGAUCCUCUCAUAUGAUUGUUUGUGUAUAUGCUGACAAUAAAAAUAAAAAUGCAACGUUUAUUAUUUUACAUAAAAUACAACAGUAUUAUAUAUAUUUCAACGGUAAAAGGCUUAAACGUGCUUACGUUGUAUUUGAAAGUCAGUCAAGGACUCAAAUUAACGGCUUCAAAACCAAAACAAAAAACAUAUGUUGAAGUAAACGGCGCAAAGCAAAGGACUUAAAAGCCA